CACAGAGCUCCCGCCAUCGCGCUGUCUGCUGCAUGACGACGCUCAGCUGGACCUGCAGGCUCUGGUGAAGCAGGACCCUGGGAGCUACAGGUUGUUUUAUCGCUGUAUGAAGAGUGAGGGGAAGAAGUUCUGCGGCAGCGUCCCCUGGAAGGAGGAGCCAAAGUGCAAAGUGACUGCGAGGUGCGACCUUCCUGCAGAGAAGACGGAAAAACCUCAGAGGAAUCCCUUCAAAGUGAUCAACGAUAAUCCCAGACUUGGUGCCUGGAAACAGGUCAGCGAGGAGCGGAAGCGCAGCUCUGAGGAGAGUGGCGAGGUGAAGGCUGCCGAGAACCAGAGAAAUAACGGAGAAGAAAAGGCUGAUGAGAUCCAGACGAAGAGCAGAGAGGAAAAGGUUGACGAGAUCGGGAGGAAGAGCGGCGAAGAGGCAAAGAGCCAAGAGAAGAACCCCAAUGAUAGAGCAAGGAGAAGUUUGGAGGAGAAGACAUCCAAUCAGGGCUUGAAGAACAGCGGUGAGGAGACGAGGCCCCAGAACAAUGCGACAGAUCUCAGUAGUGACCGAGGGAGGAAGGUCUGUGAAGCAGAUAACAGAGAGAAG